AUGAGAUUCGGAGCUUCCUUUCGCCUCCUUGCUUGGACUCUAAUAUGGUUUCAAUUGCAGUCUACUGUCGAAAGCAAGUCAUACCAGCUGUAUAGUUCCAGUGAAAUUCAUGCCAUGUUGGACAAAUGGAAGGUCAAAUAUCCUGAUUUGGUACGAUUGACGACGGCUCAGGAAGCCUACGGUUUGCCGACGGCUGGAUCGGCCUACGAUUGUCCGUUUUACGAAGGCAAUGGUUGUCCGAAUGCCAUUUUGACCAUUCAAGACUAUCAGACGCACCCAGUUGGAUCCGCAUCCUCCAACGCCUUGCCAGAAGUCUUGUGGAGUGGAUCCGUGCAUGGAAAUGAACGAGUGGGGCCGACAGUCGUCAUGGAGACGGCAUUGUUGCUUUUGGAGGCCGCGACUUGUGAAUCUUUCUUGCAUGAGGAAUCAUUAUCUGAAUCCAAAACUAAUACUACCACUACCACUACCACUACCACGACUACAACUACUACCUACUGUGGAGCCCCACUGGCAGAGAGUGGAAUUGGGGAUAUUCAACGACGAUGGCUCGCGAGAUUGGUCAGUACUCGACGGAUAGUCAUUGUUCCUACAGCCAACGCAAUUGGAUACGAUCGAAAUCGACGAACCGAAGAUGGGAUCGACCCCAAUCGGGAUUUUCCUUACGACUUGCUGGAUCCUACCUUGUGUAUGAGGACCAUUGCUGGUCGGACACUGAACGAAGUCUUUCGGGAGCAUCUUUUUCAAAUGGCACUGACCUUUCAUGGUGGUAUCGAAGUUGUGGCCUAUGAAUGGGGGGCCCCCAGUUGGUAUGGCUUUCUCAGUCCUGACGACUUGGCUCAAAACCAGAUUGCGGCAGCCUAUAGCAAGUAUGGUGGCAGUUGGCCUGGAGGUAGUGGUCCUUAUAAAUAUGGUACCAUGAACGAUAUGGUAUACUAUGUACGAGGUGGAAUGGAAGAUUGGGCCUAUGCUGCGUCCUGGGACAAGGACCGAGUGCGAUCCUGUCAACCGACCACGUUCAAUGGUUACCCAUUGGAAAAGACCGUCUACAACAACUCGACACUUCGUGUCUUUAAUAUGCUCAUCGAGACGAGUGCAUCCAAGAACCCUAUUUUCAAUUUGGGUAGACCAGAUGACUUGUUGAAUCAAGAUAAUGUUGAUUCGUUUGGCAGUGGUCACAUUGCCAGGAAUAUCCGAUUGUCACUCCUCUCGGCCGAUCUAGUCGAACCAUAUGUUUCCAUUGUCCAAGUCAAUGGUGCCACGUUGCCGCACGAUAUUGUUCCGCUACCAUCAAAGUCGGAAAACAACUGUGGGACAACAACGACGGUUGCAAUGAAUGCCACCAAUAACACUUGGGACAACAACAACAACAACAAGUUGGAGAUUUCCUUUUCUGUGGGAGGUGCCUUGACGAUCGACCAAGUCCAAUUGUGGUUUGCCAACAAGAAUGAUAUUGUAUCAACAAAACCACUCGUCAAUGAUGACUGCCAGGCACAGCCAACUUUGGCCGCAUUGCAAUUUUUUCAACGAGCAACCAUUGUGGGCCCCAGCAGUGGAAGUGGCCAAUUUUCCAGCAGUGGGCCCAUUCCAGCUUCCAUUCUUACAGAUGGUCCCCUCUUUGUCGGUACCAUUGACAUUCCAAAUACUGUUGUUGGUGCUACCAAUAACGAGUGGAUUGUCAUGGCAUCGGCCAAGGUAGACCAAGAUUGGAAUAUUGUUCCAGCAGAAGCCGGACCAGACUACGCCCAACCCCAAAGUCACAUGGCCAAUGUUCGAACAGAUCCGAAUUGGAAGCAUGGAAGCGAAGGAAAGGUAGUCCAAGGAAGAUUGGAUUGGUUUUCUCGACCCUUGACAGUGGUGGUGGAAAUGGCUGAUGACAACAAUGACGGCGGAUCCACUUCUGUUCCUACGACUUCGCCAACCAUGACCUUGUCAACAGCUCCAUCAGUCACUCCUCGAUUGCGGCCAGUCUCAUCGGACCAGCCAUCUGCGCGACAGUCGUUCGAGCCAAGUUUUCAUCCUUCCCCCAAACCUUCUAUGAGCCCAACGGAUAGAAUUGUAACGGAUGCUCCAACUCUUGCAUCACUUUCAUCCUCCCAAGUGCCCACUCGCCCCGGUGACGACAAGAGCUCGGAUCCGACCAAUGGCCUUCCACUGAUGAUUCCCAUCAAUGAUGAUAACGAUGGCUCUGGGACCACAAAACCACCCGCUGGGACGAUUGAUGGUGAUUCCUCGGGCGCCAUGGUGUUUGUAUAUUCGUCCAUCAUCAUUUUCAUUUCUCUAGUUGGCGCAUUUGCAAUCUAA